AUCCAGAUCAAUCUAGAUACUUCGUUUAAAUUAUCUUCGUAACCUACACUCAAUUCGGAUUUUCAAUUUAAUAAAUGAGAAACUUGGUACACAUAAAUUAUGGGAUUAUCCGUUUCAGAUUAAGUUAUAUGAUAAAAUUAUAUGUACUUCGAAGAAGUCGUAAUUAAAGAACGUGAUGAAUUCGUAAAUAUGCAUCUUCGAGUAUGUUAAAUUUGAAAAUACCUUUAACACUUUUAGUACAUAAGUACGAUAGAUGGGAGUACGACAAUUUUUCCGCAGUGUCCUUAUAGGCAUCCCUAUCGGGAUUACCUUUUUGGACACAAUUGGUUACAUAGCCAAGGUAGAAGGAAUCUCUAUGCAACCAACCUUAAACCCAGAUAUCAAACACUGUGAUUACGUUUUUCUGAGUCGUUGGGCAGUUCGUUCUCAAAAUAUUCAGCGUGGUGAGAUAGUAGCUGUUAUAUCUCCCAAAGUACCAAGCCAAACUCUGAUUAAGCGUGUUGUGGGACUUUCUGGAGAUGUUAUAAGCACACAUGGAUAUCGGACUGACGUAUUAAAGAUACCACAAGGUCAUUGUUGGGUAGAAGGAGAUCAUACUGGUCACUCUAUGGAUUCUAAUAGUUUCGGACCAAUUUCUCUUGGUUUAAUAACUGCCAAAGCAACUUUCAUAGUGUGGCCACCUAGUCGUUGGCAAUACCUUCAUCCUUUUACCAGCUAG